AGGGGGUCCAACUACCUUCCUCUGUAGUCUACCCACGGAUGUAGCGUGUCUUAUCUUCACCUGGUGUCUGUCCACGAAAAAAAAAGACAAGAAAAAUCUUGGAAGCUGAAUCAACGUACGUUCUAAAGUGCACUUCCUGCAGCUGAUAUUUGUUGCUGGUAUACUAUUAACUCCCCAACUUGCCAAGGUCUACAUCGUUCAGCAGGAAGCUGCCAGUGUUAACAGAGCGUUCUCGUUCUUAACACCCUGGAGUAUGAUAUCAGACAGCAUGUGGAUCUGACGGUGUAGCCUCUUAUUAAGAUGGAGGAGAAUGUUGAUGUGAAGUCUCUGACGGCCAGGUUCCGCCAAGCUGGGAUGAUGGCAGGAGGAGGGGCGGGUCUAUCAAAACUUCCACCUCCCAUUCUCGAGAGAGGUGUCCAUUCACCAGUAGACUCUGGAGUUAAUGGAGGUGUCAGAUCCAGGCUCUCUGCUGGCCUAAACAAACCAGCCACAGGACUGAUUUCUCCCUCGAAUGUGUCGAAGUUCGGCUCGUCACCGCGCGGUGUGUUCCCUCGACCACCCCCAAGCUAUCGUCCCAACCCCCAGGAGCCUGUCAGACCCCCCUUCACGGAGCCAGACAAGCCAGGACCCUUCAGGAGCCCUGGGGAGAAGCUGGUGAGACCGAUGCCAAAACCUCAGAUUUCCCCGGGUGGCAGGGGUGCCCAGACAUUCCAGACGCCACCUCUGCCCAAGCAGAGGAGUAUGUCGGGCGAAGUGCCACCCCUCUUACGUCCACUGCCUGCCAUGGGGCCCAGGCCCAACAAACCCAAGCGCCCCCCCUUUGUGAACUUGGAGCCAUUCUGGAGGAACCUUGGCACACCUAAGCCCAGUGCACUGCUGUCUGGGAGAGCAUCAGAGGAUGGCAACAGUCCCACAGCAUCUAAAGCAUCUGGUGUUAGUAGGAUUCCACUACCCCCAAAUAAGCCUAGAAUGUCUGUUCAAAUGCCUGAACAGGCAAGGCCAGUUUCAAAUCAAGACCUGGAUGACGACCAGGACACAUAUGAUGACAUUGAUGCGCUCCUGCUCCCUCCCCCCCCAUCACCUCCACCAACACAGAGCCAAGAGGGCUUCAGUCCAUCUAGAACAGCUGGCAGAAGCAGUCUUCCCUUGGUGUUUAAUAAGCCAAGCAGCAUGGUAGAAGCCUUGUCAGACCACAACCUGGAAGACGACCAGGACACAUAUGAUGAUAUUGGCGAGCUCCUUCCCCCUCCACCACCUCCACCAACGCAGAGCCAAGACUCUUGGACUGACCAGCAUUCUAGCCAAGCAGAUGAGUUUGAUGACAGCGAUGAAAGUGAAAUCUAUGAAGAAGUCGAUAGCCAGGACAACAUUCCAGUGCCGACUGACAUAAGCAAGCAAACAAAGAAAGACAUCAAACGCCAAAAGGAGCAGGAGAAGAAAGAGCAGAGAGAGAGAGAGAAGAGACAGAGUGCAAACAGAAAAACAUUUAAACUGACUGGAAAGGAAACGCCUGUGCAUAUAGCCCGAGUCCGCGAAGACUGGCAUGGUGGGAAGAAUGAUCUGAGUGUGUACCAGGGGGACAGUGUGGAGAUUAUCCGCAUUAAGAACAACCCUGAGGGCAAAUGGCUUGCCCGCACUAUGGAUGGCAUAUGUGGCUACAUUAGCACCAGAUGUGUGGACAUGGACUAUGAGGAAGUGAAACGACGCUUUGGUAGCCUGGGCAGCCCCAGACCUGUUUCCAAUCUCGUCUAUGAUGAUGUGGAGAGCAACAUGGAAGGCCAUGGAUUUGAUGAUGAUAAAUUCCCUCCUCCUCCUCCAGAAAUCGGCCCAGAUCCCAGAACUUUAAAGAAAAUGGAAAAAGAGGAGAAAGAAUUCAGGAAAAAGUUCAAGUUUGACGGGCCUAUAACAGUGCUUCAGUUCAUGACGGUGGAUCCCAACGCGAACCUCAAGAAGGGUGGUGGAAAAGACUUGACUGUGGUCAGGGGAGAGACUCUGGAUGUCAUUCAGUUUACCAAUGAGAAAAAAGCACUGUGUCGAAACCCACAGGGAAAAUAUGGAUAUGUACCCAUGGCCUACCUCCUGCAAGAAGAUGGGGGGAUUUAUGAUGAUAUAGAUCUCUCAAGAGAUGUCUAUGACAACGAUAGCAACAUGCGAUGAUCAAGUUUGUAUGCCAAACAGCAGCAAUGGAAAUAAAGUGGAUCAUCGAGACCUGUUGAAUUUCCUUUCAAGGAUGGAAACUACUUUGUGUUUGUUUGUGUUUUUAUUCUUGAGAUUUUAUUGUAAUUAUGACAAAUAAAUGUUGAUAUCUGUU